AUAAACUUCAUUUUAUUACUCUCCCACAAGUGAAAUGCAUUAGCUUUCUUUUUUUAAAUUGGAGAAACAUGGCAGUGGAUUCGCAUUUACUUUGCUCAUCGUUGGAAGAAAAUGUCAGCCAGUUAUUUCCUGGAGAAUCACCAGCUUUUUUAUGUUUUGUGCUUUUCUUACUACUAUUGCAAGACUGGCCUUUGACAAUCUCAUCCAAGAUCAAUGGACAUUAAUUUACACUCUUAACCGGUGACUUGAGUCGUUUUACCAAAAAAUAGAAUUGAAGAUUGCUUUUCUACAUCAGAUGCACAAGUUUUUAAAAAAAAUCUAUGUAAAUUUGGCCAGCAUGUUUAAUUAAUUCAUGCAAAUUGCAAUGAUGUAAUUUAUUCUCAACGGGGCGGGGCCUGUGCACAGUGGGCGGGUCGUGAGGUCGUGACCUGUGACGUCUGGAUCCUGGCCGGUGUCAUCUUUGGGUGUCAUGGCGACGAGCGGGGCCGCCAUCGUCAUCGUCAGCGCCGACCUGCAGCGUCAUGAUACAAUUUUGUCUUUGUCAAGAGAGCACCAGCGAAUUAGAUUCUCUGACUCAGUAGUAACUGGAUCAAUCAUCUUCCCACUUUCUGGUGUCGCAUUUAUUAUUAUAGGGACUCAAGAUUUCUGUGAUAAUUCUACAGAAACAAAACUGAUGGAGCGCAUUGAGCUGUUUGUCCGCAUUCAUCGAAACAGUUUCCUGAUUUUGACUGCAGGCCUGUAUGGUCAGAAAGAGUGGGAUGUACUAUUUAAAAUUCAGCUAAGAUUUCUAGGUAAUAAUCUGAAAAUCAUACCUUCACACAAUACCAGUGAUAUAGUCAAGAGUAUGCUCACUUUAGCCAAGGUAACGUGCAAACCACACGCGGACAGUGUUCGUGAUCGCAUCGCCAUGAGCCGAGCUCAAAUUAUUGAACGUAGCCCUGUCUGGGAAAUGCUACACAAGCGACAGCUAAACUUUCUCCAGUGAAAUAAGUUGUAUGUUUCAAAAGUAUGUUUGUGACCAACAUGAUUAAGAU